AUGUUUCAUAGUGGAGAGGAACAGAAUCGCAUUGUCGAGCAUCUUGACGAAUUACAGCACUCAUCUGGAUCAACAACAGCAACAACACUUGAUGCAGCCAAUUCAACCAACACAUUCGAACUUGGUCAUAUCACCGCAUCUGAUUUUGACUCGAUCGGAUUCGACUCCGACUGUGAUUUUGGACGGCGAAAUUCAUGGGCAACAUGUCCAUCUACCUACAACACUGGUGGUGAACGGCAGUGCUUCUCUACGUUCGCUCCUGAAGACAAGUGGCCUAUUUAA